AGGGAAACUGGCUCAAAGAGUUGCAAUGAAGUGCCCUGGACCUCCAGAGAGCUCCAGACUUGCCUCCUUCCUGGAAAAUGCCUUAGCCAGAGAGGCUAGGAUUUGGAAAGUGCCCGUUUUCCAGGAUCUCACCCUGAAGGGCACGGACAUCUCUCUGUGGUGCUACAAGAAAGCAGUGCUCUGGAUUGCAGAAACAAGCUCCCAGUUCCAGUUUCACCCCGAGACGUUUGCCUUAGCAACCAGCAUCUUCAACCGGAUACUGGCAUCAGUGAAGGCCCAGUUAAAAUAUCUUCAGUGCAUUGCAAUUUCCUGCCUUGUCCUUGCAGCAAAAACCAGUGAAGAAGAUGAGGCAAUGCCAUCGGUGGAGAUGCUCGCAGUGCAGAGUGGCUGUAAAUGCUCUCCAGCUGAGAUCUUGAGAAUGGAAAGAAUUAUACUAGAUAAGCUUCACUGGGACCUUUACACAGCAACACCAAUGGAUUUCCUAAACAUUUUCCAUGCCAUGGUGAUGUCCAACUGGCCCCAUCUACUACAAGGGCUGCCUCAGAGGAAUCCUUCUCGCCACGUCGCGUUCUUGACCAAACAGCUACAGCACUGUAUGGCCUGCCACCAACUAGUGCAGUUUAAGGGCUCCACACUGGCUUUGGUGAUCAUCACCUUAGAGCUGGAGAGGCAGACUCCUGGCUGGCUUGCUGUUAUUACUGAUCUGCUAAAGAAAGCACAGGUUAACAGCACUGAAUUCAUCUACUGCAAGGAGCUGGUGGCCCAGGAGCUAAUGAGCAUGCAGCCAGCCAACGCUGUUUACAUUUUCUGUCCCCUCAGCCAAGGCACCCAGGGCCACCCCAAGCCAGGGCUACCCCACCCCAACCCUUCUGGAGUGAGGGAUUCCCUCCAGGGGAGGUGGAGGCUCGCUGUAACCCAGGCAGCUUUAGCACCUUUCACUCCCAGUCCAGCCCCAGUUCCUGGUGCCCUCAUGGAGAUGGAGGAAUUCUACGAUGGGUUCAGAGGCCUCUGCAGUGAGGAGGGGGCAGGGGGUGCUGGGAGGGUGAGCACAGGGGGAUCGUGCCCUCAGCUGAGGGCUGGAGAAGGCAGCUCCCCUUGUCCUCCUUUACAGCCACCUGAGAGGGGCUAGGGAACUCGUGGCCAUGGAACAGCCAAGAGAAAAGAGCAGAAGUGUUGCUGUGUUUUCAGGGGAUCAUGACAAAACCUUUCCAUUUUUGAUGGCCUUCCUCAGCAGCCUCUGCUACCCCC